CACCAGUUAACGUAACACAUUCAUACAAUGCUCCGUAGUUGAGCAGGGGAACAAGAUGCCGGAAGUGGGGUUUGGGGAUGCGGAGCGUCGGGACUGGUAACGGUGGAAGUUCACGCUAUUUAGUCAUCUACCGUUUCUGAGGACUAAGGUUGCCGCCGAUCGUCAGGUCUCAUUCAUUUGCGCUUUUACAAUGGGGCUUCCUGCGCUGGAGUUCAGCGACUCUUUUCUGGACAGCCCGGACUUCAGAGAGCGACUUAAAUGCCACGAGAUUGAGUUGGACCGCACGAAUAAGUUCAUAAAGGAACUGAUCAAAGAUGGCAACAUGCUGAUCAAUGCGCUAAAAAAUCUUUCUGAAGCUGUACAGAAGUUUUCCCAGUCUCUUCAAGAUUUCCAGUUUGAGUGUAUUGGAGAUGCAGAGACAGAUGAUGAGAUUAACAUCGCCCAAUCCUUCAAGGAAUUCUCCCAGCUGCUGAACACGGUGGAGGAGGAAAGACGACGACUUAUACAAAAUGCUGAUGAUGUCUUGAUCACACCUUUGGAGAAAUUUCGCAAGGAGCAGAUCGGAGCAGCCAAAGAAGGAAAGAAGAAAUUUGACAAGGAGACGGAAAAGUAUUACACAGUUUUGGAGAAGCACUUAAGUCUUUCUUCCAGGAAGAAAGAGCCUCUUUUGCAGGAGGCAGACGCCCAGAUAAAUAAGGAAAGACAGGUCUUUUAUGACGCAUCUCUGGAAUAUGUCUUCAAAAUCCAAGAAGUGCAAGAGAGGAAAAAAUUUGAAUUUGUGGAGCCGCUUCUGGCAUUCCUCCAGGGUUUGUUUACCUUCUACCAUGAGGGCUAUGAGCUGGCGCAUGAGUUUGAGCCGUACAAGCAACAAUUACAGUUCAACCUACAAAACACAAGGAAUAACUUUGAGAGCACAAGACAGGAAGUGGAAAAUUUGAUGAGAAGGAUAAGGUCUGCAGAGCAGGACAUUAAAGCUCCUGGACAGUGGACCAUGGAGGGCUUUCUCUACGUGCAGGAGAAGAGACCCUUGGGGUGCACAUGGAGUCGACAUUACUGCACAUAUGAGAAAGGGACCAAAAUGUUUACAAUGAGCAACUCCGAAUUCAAGUCUGGAGGCAAACAGAAUGGACUAGUCUUGAGCCCCCCUGAGAUGUUUAAGCUAAAGUCCUGCAUCAGACGGAGGACAGAUUCUAUUGACAAGCGCUUCUGCUUUGAUGUCGAGGUGGUGGAAAGAAGUGACCCCUGUGAAGGGAUUCUGUUCAGUUAUCUUCAAUGUUUCUAUAAAACUCAUCGGCAUGGCAUCAUAACCCUGCAGGCUCUUUCUGAAUCCAACAGAAGACUCUGGAUGGAGGCCAUGGAUGGAAAAGAACCAAUUUACACUCUUCCUGCACUUCUGAGCAAGAAAGAGGAAACGUUCCUGAAUGAAGCUGGCUUUAAUUUUGCAAGAAAGUGUGUAGAGCUGGUUGAAGCAAGAGGCAUUAACACAAUGGGACUGUACAGAAUAGGUGGAGUUAAUUCCAAAGUCCAACGACUCAUGACUUCAGUGUUUGCUGCCAAAGCUCCAACAGAUAUGGACCUUGACCCAGACACCUGGGAUAACAAGACCAUCACCAGUGGUCUAAAGAAUUACCUCAGGUGCUUGGCAGAACCUCUCAUGACUUAUAGAUACCACAAAGACUUCAUCAUGGCUGUCAAGUCUGAUGAUCAGAACUACAGGGUCUGUGCCGUCCACGCUCUCGUCCACAAACUGCCUGAAAAGAAUAAAGAAAUGCUGGAUAUUCUGAUCAAACAUCUACAUGUGGUCUCCACACACAGCCAAAAGAAUCUGAUGACCGUAUCUAACUUAGGUGUGAUUUUUGGCCCAACACUCAUGAGGUCACAGGAAGAGACGGUGGCAGCCAUGAUGAACAUCAAGUUUCAGAAUAUUGUAGUAGAGAUUCUUAUAGAAAAUUAUGACAAGGUAUUUCACCAAGCUCCAGACCCCAACAUCCCCCUGCCACAGCCUCAGUCUCACUCUCAUUCUCAGUCUCGCACCAGCGCCCGGCGCAGCAAAGCCAUCUGUCUGUCCACAGGGUCCCGCAAGUCUAGAGGCCUGUAUCCCCCCGCUCUGUGUCUGGCUGAUGCUGAUAGUGAUACGUUCAGCAGCAGUCCCAGCAGCACUCCGAUGGGCAGUAUGGAGUCUCUCUCAUCACAUUCUUCAGAGCAGAACAGUUGCUCCAAGACGGGCUCCCCCACGCGCGCCAAACACAAACCAUCAGGGAGUCUGUGCUGGACCACCCCCUCCUCCAACGGGCCGAAACGCUCCGCCUACACCACCAGCCCUGAUUCCAGCUCUAAAGAGGACGCCAACAAGACUGACGGAGAAUGGGAAGAGGCGCUGAGUACAAGCCCGGGGGAUCGAGGAUCUCCAAUAUCAGAGCUCCUUCAGAGGCCCUUAGGGGAGCAACUGGAGGGUCAUGGAGAAGUAAGACGCAGCCUCUCCACCGCUUCUUCUCUCACUUCCCUCCACAUCUCUGAGGGUUUCAGGAGCUGUCACGGUUCCAUUCAGAGUCUUGUGUCACGUGGUCACAGGGACAGUCUCAAGUCUCUCCAUCUGCCGGAUCUUCCUCUUAAAGAAAACUUGAGAUGCAGAGCUGACUCCUCUGCCAGCAAUGGCUACCAGAGACCUGGAUCUGUCGUGGCCUUUAGAGCAGCCAUCUUUGAGAGUCCUGUGAUUUCUCAGCCCCCAACUUUGGGAAGAGACGCAAAGGCCUUGUAUUCCUGUAAAGCGGAGCACAGUCACGAGCUCAGCUUUCCACAGGGGGCGCUGUUCUCCAAAGUAUAUCCAUCAGUGGAACCCGGUUGGCUUCAAGCGACCUAUGAAGGCAAAACUGGACUCAUACCGGAAAAUUACGUGGCGUUCCUCUGAUUCUUCUGAAAAAGGCAAAAGCCUAGUCCAUGGUAUCCAUGGUGUUUGAUUUUGACCAAAAAGGGAACGUUUAUUAACGCCUUACUGUAUGUAAAUAGUUUUAUUGCAUAGCAUUAUAACCAAUCCAAUAACUAUUCUACAUGGUAAUGUUUAUUCAGGAUGUAGACAUGCUUCCAGGUACAUGCGGUUGACUGUGUUAACAUACAUUCCUGUAUUUAUAAUUGCCAAACUGCUUAUGGGCUGUGAUAUUGUGAAAACAAACUAAUUCACAUGAUGAGAUUUCUCAUAACACAUUGACAGUGUUGCGGUACGGUUCAGAAGGUUAGUGAAGAUACAUGUACAGUAAUAUAGAGGGAGAAUUACACCAGCAUCACAUGAAUACAAAUAUCUUGUUUAGCCAUAUAACCACAUUAAGUAUCUUGCUAGAAUAUAAAAGUAUCCCAGCAAUGAGAUACAUGCAAAUGUUUCUAAGAACAUUAAUGUAAAUGAAAAGUACAUUUCAAGAGCACUCUUGUAGGAGACCGUAUUGCCCAGUAUUUGACAGUAUGUUUUAAUGAACACAAAUGAUAAAGCAUGCAAUAGGACCACAGUACUAUUACAAUUAAAACUGUGGCUUGGUCUUUUAGGUGAAAUCAUUUCCUCAAUGGGUUGACACCCAUUGUAAUUUUCAAGUUUCAAGUGCAAUUUCCAAACCUAAAUACUAGAAACGUGGUACCUCAAGGAUUUUCAGAUCAUUUCAUAUAAUAUGUCUAAAUGACUUUAGGAGCCAAAAGAGGUUUCCUUUUCUUCAAACUUAUUUAAUUAUACUAAUAUACUUUGUCAGUUUUGUGGCUAUUGGUGAAACAAUGCUACAUAACAAGUGUGCCUUAGACGAUUUAGUUAAUACUGAAUGUAUUUCUUAAGUGUAAUAGAGUGUUUUUAAUAAGUACAAUCAACAAAUGACGAAAAUACUGACAGUGUUAAGUUGUGUGUAGCUGAAUACAUGUGUUUUGUUUAGUUGUUCUGUAGCAAAAAUGCUGUUGUUCAAGUAAUGGUUCUACUGUGUUUUACUUUACACUGGUUUAGCAUUUCUGUAUGUUUUAAUGGAGUAAAGCAUUUACGUUAUACAGAUUAUAACAGCUAGUAACAUAACACACAAAGUAAUUUAAUGUUUGCCUGAUUAUUUUCUCAUAAAGUAUUUCAAAAAGUA